UAUAGUUAAUUUUGUAAUCGAGAAAUUGUGUUAAAGAAAAUUUGAGCUAAACGUGAAAUGUUCUCGACGACUAAAAUAAAAGUUUUGUAAUAUGGAAUUUAUAGUAACAUAAAAUAAAAUAGCAAAUGAGCUUAAAAAGUGAUUGUUAAAUUCAGAAAUUGUAAAUCUGAGAAUAAAUUUAUAGCACUAAGUGUAAAACCGGUUGAUAAUAUCAAAGCUAAGAGAUUGUAUCAACAUUAUGCAGAUUAUCUAUUAUCUACUCAUUCCUCUAUUUCUUCAUCAAGUGGAGUCAAAAAAUGUAAACAAUUACAAAGCAAACAAUACAAGUAGUAGCAAAACAUCAAUUUUAUUUGCAUCGUUGCCGUCAAAAGAAAUAUCAUUUGCAUCAACUUCGUCAAGGUCUUUAACUGGUUUCAAUUUUCCUGUAGCAAGUUUGAAAACUGUGCAAAAUGUUAAUGAAUCUGUUAUAUGUCAUCAGUGCGACAGUAAUAAAAAUCAUAGCAAAACCAUUACAGGUUCUAUAAAGUUUGAUACGUUUCUAAAUCAUCUGGUAGUGGAUACUAUAACAGGCCGUGUAUUUGUUGGUGGUGUUAAUCAUUUAUACCAACUUUCUCCGGAUUUGGAAUUGCACGAAUCUGUUCAAACAGGUCCACGAAAUGAUUCUGUUGAAUGCACAUUUUUGGAUUGUCCAGCGCAUGCUGUUCCUAAACUUACAGAUAAUUACAAUAAAGUAUUAUUAAUUGAUCGCUCAACUUCACGUCUAAUUGCUUGCGGUUCAUUAUUCCAAGGAAUAUGUACAGUACGUAAUUUACAAAAUGUUAGCAUUGUGGAACAAGAAGUACCUGAUGCAGUUGUUGCGAAUGAUGCUAAUUCAUCAACAGUGGCAUUUAUUGCCCCUGGUCCACCUCAGCAUCCUGUAACUAAUGUGCUUUAUGUAGGCGUAACAUACACGAACAACUCGCCUUAUCGUAGUGAAAUACCAGCCGUUGCAUCAAGAUCUUUAGAAAAAACUAAAAUGUUUCAAAUAGCAUCAUCGGCAGUUACUACUGGCACACGCGCAUUUAUAAAUUCAUAUGCUCGUGAAGCCUACUUUGUUAAUUAUGUGUACGGUUUUAGUUCAGAACGUUUCUCCUAUUUUUUAACAACACAAUUAAAGCACAAUCACCAUUCUUUACCAAAAGAAUAUAUAACUAAAUUAGUGCGUAUUUGUCAGGAGGACUCAAAUUAUUACUCGUAUACUGAAAUUCCUGUUGACUGUAUAAGUGAUGCGCAGGGUGGUACUAAAUAUAAUUUAGUACAAGCCGGGUUUUUAGGCAAGCCUAGUGUUGAUCUUGCAGAUAGCUUAGCUAUAACAAUUCAAGAUGAUGUGUUAUUUGGAGUAUUCUCUAAAGGUCAUGGCAACGUAUCUACAGAUAAAUCAGCACUAUGUGUUUAUUCUUUAAAAUCCAUUCGUCGAAAAUUUAUGCAGAAUAUUAAAUCAUGCUUUAGCGGUAAUGGAUCAAGAGGAUUAGAUUUCAUUUCACCUAAUAUGCCAUGCGUAUCGACAAAACUUCAAACUAUUGGUGAAGAUUUUUGCGGUUUAGAUGUGAAUUCUCCACUUGGUGGUGAACAACCGAUAACUGCAGUGCCAGUUUCGAUAUUCAAUACUAAACUAACUGCAGUUGCAGCAACAAGCGCUAGUGGAUAUACUGUUGUCUUUAUUGGUACAGCAAAUGGGUAUAUUAAAAAGGUAGUGAUUGAAUCAAUAACUUCUGCUAAUGAAUACGCAAGCAUACCGAUUAAUGUCGGCUCACCGGUCAAUCCAGAUAUGCAGUUUGAUAAUCAAAAUCUUAACAUAUAUGUUAUGACAGACCAUGAAGUAGCUAAAGUUAAAGUAUUUGACUGUUCAAAGUAUUCAACUUGUGCAGAAUGUUUAGGCGCCAAGGAUCCUUAUUGCGGCUGGUGUUCCUUGGAAAAUAAGUGUAGCCCCCGUUCAAAUUGUCAAGAUGAUGCUAACGAUCCCCUAUAUUGGGUAAGUUAUAAAACAGGAAAAUGCACAACUAUUACCAGUGUAGUACCACAUCAGUUGCAACGUACGACUGCGCGUACUUUGGAGUUGACAAUUGAUCAUUUACCGCAAUUAAAAGAAAAUUUAGUUUGCGCAUUUACAACAGAAGAAAAAGCUUUAUUUACAAAUGCUACUAAAAAACGUAAUGGAGUAAAUUGUACAACUCCUCGCACAGAUAUGUUGCCACAAAUUCAACAAGGAAAACACCAUUUUACUGCAAAAUUGUCUGUACGCACUAAAAAUGGACCAGAUUUGGUAUCAACUGACUUUACAUUUUUUGAUUGUAGUACACAUUCCUCAUGUACUCGUUGCGUUUCGUCAGAAUUUCCAUGUGACUGGUGUGUUGAAGCACAUCGAUGUACACAUGAUACAGCUGAAAACUGUCGAAAUGAUAUAUUAGUUACUGGAGUCAGUCGUAUUGGUCCCAGUUAUAGGUCAGGACCAGGUUUUUGUCCCACAAUUAAUGCUACUGGGGAUGGAAGUGAAGUACUUGUGGCUGCUGGAACAAGUAAAUCAAUAAAAGUUAAAGUGCACAUAAUUGGCCAAUUUAUUGUACAAACUCGAUUUGUUUGCCAAUUCAAUAUUGAAGGUCGGGUUACAAGUUUGAACGCACAGUUACUGGGUGAUACAAUUUACUGCGACAAUAUGGAGUUUCAAUACACUUCACGGUCACCAAAUUUAACAGCAACAUUUGCUGUAAUUUGGGGCGGGUCAAAACCGUUGGAUAAUCCCCAUGACAUACAUGUUGUUAUUUAUCGCUGUCGUGAUAUGGCUGAUAGCUGUGGUAUGUGCCUUGCUCUUUCGGAAAAGUACAAUUGUGGUUGGUGUUCCUCAACUAAUACGUGUGAAGUUGAAGAGCAAUGUAACAAAAACAACGAAGGAAAAACUGAUUGGUUAAACAGAAUGGAGACUUGUCCUAAUCCUGAAAUACAUUCUUUUGUGCCGAAAACUGGACCUUGGGAAGGUGGCACGAAUAUUACUAUAAGCGGUAUUAAUUUGGGUAAAAAUUUUACUGAUAUCUAUUCCGGAGUUCGUAUCGCCGGCAUUAAUUGUAUGCCAUUCCAGCAGUAUUAUAUUGACACAAAACAAAUUGUUUGUACGGUAGAUAGUCCGGGAGAACAACUAUAUCGUAGUGGUCGUAUAGUUGUGCAAAUUGGAGAUUACAGAGGUGAAUCAAAAGAAGAUUACGAAUUCGUUGAUCCUAAAAUGAGUAAUUUUUCACCCAGACAUGGACCUGUGUCAGGUGGUACUCAAAUUCGUAUACUUGGAAAAUAUUUGAAUGCUGGAUCUCGUAUACAAGUUUUUAUAAAUGAACACUUACCAUGUGAGAUUUUAAGUGUUGAUGCAUCGCAAGCUAUUUGCCGUACUGCCUCCUCUCCAGGUAUAAUUGAAGGUCGAUUAAAAAUGGUAUUCGAUAACGGAUUACGUGAAUUUAACGACUAUAACUUUAAAUAUGUUUUGGAUCCUUCAAUAGAACAAGUAUCAUCAGGACCAAGUGGUCAAAUAAAGGUACCAAAAGGUAUACCUGCUGGUGGAAUUAAAAUUUCAGUAACUGGCAAGCAAUUUGAAUAUAUUCAAAACCCUAGUAUGUAUGUAUAUUUUAAAGGUUCUAUAUACUUAAGUCAAUGUGGUGUUUUAAGUCCAACUGAAAUGGUUUGUGAUUCACCAAUAAUUAAGACUAAUGGUGAAAUGCUUGAUGCAGAAAAUCCAGAAAAACUUGAAUAUGGAUUUAAAAUGGACAAUGUUGUGCAAGUACAAAAUUUAUCUAGUAAACACAACAAUUAUUUUGAGCUUUAUCCAAAUCCUGUUUAUUAUAAUUUUGAGGAACGGGUUAAAUAUUACAAAAGUGAAUAUUUAACUAUUAAUGGACGUCAUUUAGAUCGAGCGUGUAAAGAAUCAGAUGUAGUAGUUCUGAUUGGAAAGGCUGUUUGCAACAUAACGUCACUCUCAAGGCAACAAUUAACUUGUCGCCCUCCACCUGAAUCAAAUAUAGAUAGUAGUAGUGAAACUGGUCCAGAAGUCAUUGUACGUGUAGGUUCAACUCUUGAAUAUCGUAUUGGAGUGUUAAGCUAUGCUUCUCCAAAUAUAAUGCACGGUUUAGGAAAAAAUGCUUUAUUUGCGGUAAUUGCUGGAGUUGUAAUACUACUUUUGAUAUUUGUUGCUCUAUUAGUUGCAUAUAAGAAAAAAACUUCAGAAUCUAAUAGAGUUUUAAGAAAUAUGCAAGAACAAAUGGAUAUAUUAGAAUUGAGAGUAGCAGCAGAAUGCAAGGAGGCAUUUGCGGAAUUGCAAACAGAAAUGACCGAUUUAACUGGUGAUCUUACCUCAGGCGGUAUACCAUUUCUUGAUUAUCGUACCUAUGCUAUGAAAAUAUUAUUUCCUAAUCACGAGGAUCAUAUUGUUUUACAAUGGGAACGUCCGGAACUAUUACGCAAAGAAAAAGGCUUGCGAUUGUUUGGGCAACUUAUAAUGAAUAAAACUUUCUUGUUAUUAUUUAUAAGAACGUUAGAAUCUAAUCGAUAUUUUUCAAUGCGUGAACGUGUUAAUGUUGCAUCGCUUAUAAUGGUUACUCUACAGUCAAAGCUCGAAUAUUGUACUGAUAUACUGAAAACAUUACUAAGUGAUCUGAUUGAAAAAUGUAUUGAAGGUAAAAGUCAUCCAAAGCUGCUACUUCGUCGUACUGAAAGUGUUGCUGAAAAAAUGCUUAGUGCGUGGUUCACCUUCUUACUUUUUAAAUUUCUCAAAGAAUGUGCUGGAGAACCACUUUAUAUGCUUUUCCGUGCCGUUAAGGGUCAGGUCGAUAAAGGGCCUGUAGAUGCGUGUACUCACGAAGCACGAUAUUCCUUGAGUGAAGAGAAACUAAUUCGUCAGUUAAUAGACUUUAGGCCAAUGACGGUAUAUGCUAGUAUAACUCAACAACCCAUAUUUUGUAAUAAUAUGGAAUUGCUGCCUACACACACAGAGAAUGUGCCUGUUAAGGUUUUAGAUUGUGAUACAAUUGGUCAAGUUAAAGAAAAAUGCUUGGAUACAAUUUAUAGGAAUAUACCAUCAAGUCAAAGACCAAGAAAAGAUGAUUUAGAUUUAGAAUGGAGGACUGGUGCUACUGGCAGGGUGAUAUUGUAUGAUGAAGACACAACAUCGAAAACUGAAAGUGAAUGGAAAAAAUUAAACACAUUACAACAUUAUAAUGUUCCAGAUAGUGCCGGAUUAAGUUUGGUGCCAAAGCAAAGUUCUAUCUACAAUUUUUCUAUAUUAUCAGACAAAAAUGAAAAAUCACAUAAAUACGAAACUCUAAAUUUAUCAAAAUAUACAUCCUCUUCGCCUACAUUUAGUCGCGCAGGAAGUCCAUUAAAUAACGAUAUGCAUGAAAAUGGUCUAAAAUAUUGGCAUUUAGUAAAACAUCAUGACAGCGACAUACAAAAAGAAGGAGAACGUGUAAAUAAACUAGUAUCAGAAAUAUAUUUAACUCGUUUGUUAGCAACAAAAGGAACACUACAAAAAUUUGUUGAUGAUCUUUUUGAAACAAUUUUUAGCACUGCUCAUAGAGGUUCUGCUUUGCCAUUAGCAAUUAAAUAUAUGUUUGAUUUCUUAGAUGAUCAGGCUUUGCUGCAUGGUAUUACUGACCCUGAAGUCGUUCACACUUGGAAGAGUAAUAGUUUACCAUUAAGAUUUUGGGUUAAUCUUAUAAAAAAUCCGAAUUUCGUGUUUGAUAUUCACAAAUCUAAUAUAGUAGACUCAUGUCUAUCAGUUGUAGCUCAAACGUUUAUGGACUCCUGCUCUACUUCAGAUCACCGCUUAGGAAAAGAUUCACCGAGCUCUAAACUUCUCUAUGCGAAGGAUAUUCCAGAAUAUCGAAAAUGGGUAGACAGAUACUAUCGUGAUAUUAGAGAAAUGCCGCCAAUUUCAGAUCAAGAUAUGAAUGCAAUGUUAGCCGAGGAAUCAAGACUUCAUACAACAGAGUUUAACACAAAUUGUGCUCUUCAUGAGUUGUAUACAUAUGCUGUUAAAUAUAAUGAACAGCUGACAGUUACUUUGGAAGAAGACGAAUUCUCACAAAAACAGCGUCUUGCCUUUAAAUUAGAACAAGUCCACAAUAUUAUGUCAGCGGAAUAAAAUUUAACUUAAUAUACAUAUAUAUAUAUAUAUUUUAUUAUAGUGAUAUAAAAAUAUUUAUCAAAAA